AUAACAUGUUAGUACAACAGUUUGAUCACGUGUAGCGCGACAUGGUGUUUGAACGUAAAAAUGUAAAUCCUGUUACAAGCCAUUUUUGUAUUUCUGAUUUGUGUUAUGAUAUAUAAAAUAUGGAUACCGGAAAAGAGCGUGUGAAUACAGUGUUAAUUCAUACCAAGAUAUCAGAUGAUGACUUUGGUCAUGAACAAGGAGUUAGAGAUUUUGAAUUCUGGUACACGUAUAUUUUCUUUGCUCUUGUUGUGAUUUUCUUUUCAGUUACAAAUCGAUUAAUCAAACAUUAUGGCACACCAAAAGCAUCAUCAUAUUCAGUGUAUGACUCGUGGUUAUGGAGAAAUCUAUCCGUAUCAUUACUGCAUGGAUUGUUGGUUGGUAUUUGGAGUAUUUUGAGCUUUUUUGACCAUUUAGAAGAUAGUCCAACAAUAUAUGAAGAUCCGCUGUACUAUUUUAAUACAUCAUCGUAUUUAAUGAUGAUAGCUUCAACUGCGUAUUUCUUCCACGACGCAAUGGAUAUUGUAUUAAGUAGGGUUAUAAAGAAAAACAAAGAAAUAAUUAUACACCAUUUUGUUAUUUUGUUUUCAUUUGGAUAUUACUGGCACGCCAAGGUUGGAAUCGGAUAUGCCCAUUUGAGUUUACUGUCUGAAUUCAGCAGCUUCUUACUCCACGCUAGGAAACUAACGAGGAUUAUUGGCUUUUCGUCCGAUUCAUUACAGUAUCACAUAUUUUCAGUUGUAAAUCUGGUCUCUUUUUUCAUUUUACGAUUAAUUCCUCUUUCUUUUGUUGUGUCCACGAUUUAUCCACAAUAUUUUUUAAUGCGGGUACAUAUAUUUUAUUUUACAACUUUAUCUUUAUCGGCGACAAUUAUAUGGGUUAUUAAUGUUGGUUUCUUUCUGAAGUUAAUACGAACUGACUUUAUACGUGUGAAACAGAAGAGGAAAUGAUAAAUCAAGCAUUGAAGAUAUACGUGUUAAAAAUAGGAAGGCGUCGUAGCAUAUACCCUGUUUAUAUUAGAACAAUAAGCUUACAUUGUUGUUUUGCAUACCGCAUUUUGUUUUUCUUUUAUACGAAAAUAUAUUUGUUUUCUAUAUUUUUUUUACAUAUUUAUGUAUACAAAUCUAAUGUUUACAUUAAACUAUGAUCAUUAUUUA